CGAGUUUGUUGGCCAGAGUGGAGGAGUUUCCGUGGAGUUGGGGUGGCUUUUUCAUCUCUCGUGGUGCGAGAAUAAGAAGUGACCAAGGAAGGUCCCGUCAAAUGGCCAGAUAAGCAAUCUCUGCAGCACCAGCGCCAGCAGACACCAUUGGAUUUACCAGUGUGCCAAAAACGGCAAAUUCUUUAUGACGUUUCACAUCUUUUCCCAUCCGCUGCUUUGAAUGUGGAUGGCAGGAAGAGACCCAGUGACACUUUUCCAUCCAGUAAACUGCACAAUCUCAAGCAAGCCAAAGUAAUCUCAUGAGUGAAGUAUCAACCGAAAUUGGUCCAUGUGUGCACGUUUAAUUUAUUGUACUUAGCUGUAGGUGAGAAAAGAGAGGCGAGAAAAAGUGAAUUUGCAUGAGAAAGAAGUCCAUGUGUGACACGGAAUAUUUUAAAUGGACUGCUGUUAAUGCCCAGAGUCACUCCUGAAAAUCAGAGAGACGUGAAUGCCAUCCGAUUGCUGGUGAGGUGAGGACAAAGAGAAGCCAUCCGGAGAAAGAGGCUUAGUAUUUGGCAAGAGGGAAAGGCAACAAUACGAUCGCGUUCAGUGCGGAACGCGAGCGAUAUCCAGACAUGACAUUGACCACUUCGGCGACGGAGAACAAUAACGUGGUGAACAUGGAUGUGAAUACAGCUGAGAAUUUACCAUCUAGUGAACUGUCGCUGCUGGCCAAGUUGGAGGCGGCCAAUAAGCUUUACGAGAGCGAUGCCAAGAGUCUGAAUUCGCUGCAAAGCUCAGCGCACAGUCGCAAGAGCUCAGACACAAGUCAGAUUAGCUUCAAUUCCGGUACUUCCGUGGUGGAGGAGGACAUUUGGCAGACAUGGGCAAGCAUCGUGACAGACUGGGAAGGCAGCUUAAAGAGAAAGAACCCGUGCGUGCGUGAUUUGGUACGGAAGGGUAUUCCACAUCACUUCAGAGCGAUCGUGUGGCAGCUGCUGUGCGGUGCCGCUGAGGCAGACAAGAAGCAGUAUGCGGAGUAUAUAAAAGCCACGUCAGCGUGCGAGAAAGUGAUCAGGCGGGACAUUGCCAGGACAUAUCCGGAGCAUGAUUUCUUUAAGGAGAAGGACGGCCUCGGCCAAGAAGCGCUCUUCAACGUGAUGAAGGCCUACUCACUCCAUGAUCGCGAGGUGGGCUACUGUCAGGGAUCUGGAUUCAUUGUGGGCCUCCUGCUCAUGCAAAUGCCAGAGGAGGAAGCCUUUGCGGUGCUGGUGCAGAUUAUGCAGCAACACCGAAUGCGGGACAUGUUUAAACCGUCAAUGGCGGAAUUAGGUCUCUGCAUGUACCAAUUAGAGAAUUUAGUACAGGAACAGCUGCCAGAGAUGCACGUUCACUUUCAGUCACAGGGAUUUCAGACGACAAUGUAUGCCUCAAGCUGGUUCCUCACGCUUUACACAACAACGCUCUCACUGCCGCUCAGCAGUCGCAUAAUGGAUGUUUUCCUGAGUGAAGGCAUGGAGUUCAUCUUCAAGGUGGCUCUGGCAUUGCUCACAAUGGGAAAGGAUACUCUGCUGUCACUUGACAUGGAGGCUAUGCUAAAGUAUUUCCAGAAGGAAUUGCCACAAAAGGUGGAGAGUGAGCCAGAGGGUCUGUUUAAUCUGGCCUACACAAUCAAGAUAAACACGAAAAAGAUGAAGAAGAUGGAGAAGGAAUAUGCGGAUCUGAGGAAGAAAGAGCAGGAAGAGAUGGUGGAAUUGAGGCGACUGCGAAGCGAGAAUCGUCUUCUGAAGAAGAGAAAUGAAUUGCUCGAGGCCGAAAGUCUGGAACUGGCUGAUCGAUUGGUGCGCGGACAAGUGUCCAGGGCUGAAGAGGAGGAGACCAGCUAUGCUAUCCAAACGGAAUUGCUCGCCCUGCGACGUUCCCAUCUCGAGAUCUCACACCAGCUGGAAACGGCUCAUGAGGAGAUCCGUGGACUGAGUCUGCGACUGCAGGAGAAUCAAAGGGAAAAUUCUUUAGAAUCUAAUAACUCCCAUCAGAAUUCUAUUGACGAACUGUGCUUGAAGGAAGAGGCAUUAAAGCAGCGAGAUGAGAUGGUGACUUGUCUCCUUGAGGAGUUGGUGAAAGUGCGACAGAGUCUUGCCGAGAGUGAAGACACAAUACGCAAUCUCAAGGCUAAAAUCCAAGAACUAGAAGAGGAUAAGAAGACCCUGAGGGAAACAACUCCGGACAACUCUGUGGCUCAUCUGCAGGAUGAACUGAUUGCCAGCAAGUUGAGGGAGGCCGAGGCGAGUCUGUCGCUCAAGGAUCUGAAGCAGCGCGUUCAGGAGUUGAGCACUCAAUGGCAAAGGCAGUUGCAUGAACAGAAGCAGGAGUCCUCGCAGGCGCAGGAUUCCACAUCGAAAAAGCUCCUCUUCUGGGAUUCAUCGAGGUCGUCUAAUGAGGUGCAGAAGCUUGAGGAGGAACUCAUGACGACGCGUAUCAGAGAAAUGGAGACGCUGACUGAGCUCAAGGAGUUGAGAUUGAAGGUGAUGGAAUUGGAGACACAAGUGCAAGUGUCGACAAAUCAGCUCAGGCGACAGGAUGAGGAAUACAAGAGGCUCAAGGAUGAGCUGGACACGGCAAUCUCACGAGAGAAGGAAUUGGCGAAUAAGACUCGAGAACAGCAACAUAGGUACUCAGACUUGGAAUCUCGCAUGAAGGACGAACUGAUGAAUGUGAAAAUCAAGUUUACUGAACAAAGUCAGACGGUGGCUGAACUCAAACAGGAAAUUUCGCGCUUAGAGACAAAGAAUUCUGAAAUGCUGGCUGAAGGAGAAUUGAGAUCAAAUCUCGAUGAGUCUGAUCGAGUGAGGGAUUUGCAGGACAAAGUGGCUGAGCUGAAAGCUGAGUUGGCCGCAUAUAAAAGUCGAGAGACUUCGUUCAACUUGAGAAAAUUGAAAAGUGAGUCUAUCCAAUCGAUAGAUUCAACUGAAAUUGACUUUAGUGAAAUGCAAUUAAGAAAAGACAGUUCGACAUCGUGAAAUUACUUUACAUGACUUGAGAGAGAGAGAGAGAGAGUGAGAAUUGCGCUAAAAUUAGGAGAUUUUUUUUGGAGAAGGAAAAUCAAUGAAGAAUUAAUGAAUAUCGAAGUAAAUGUAGAGAAUACCCACUAAAUCAAGAUCCUUGUCUUAUAUUUUUCAUUCUAUAAUUCCUAAGUAGAUUUUUACUAGAUGCGCGCACUCUCGCGAGGCUAGGCUUUUCCGUCGAGAGAGUGUUGGAUACUUACUCACAUAUUUGUGUGUGUCGUCUAGACGAUGAAUAAAAUGAAAAUGUGAAGAAAUCUAACUUAUUUGUUAAAUUAUAACCAGCUAGAGAAGGAAGGUAUAAAGCUAUUUGAUAAUGACAUACAAUUGCAAUUAAUUCAGUAGUGGUUUAAAGUGACGAAGUAGCUUGUCGAAAUACAACAUAGCAAAAAUUCAGAAACAUUCAUUUAUUGCAGCUAAAGAGUAAAGAAAAAGAUUGUACUUAAAAAUUCAGCGAAAGAGUUUCGAUUUGUAUAAAAUCAAAGUUAGCAGAAAGAAUGCAUUUUUCUUCUUAUGCAAUGCGAAUAGUUUGAAAAAUUCAAUUUACAUUAUUGGAGAGGUGAAAAGAAAUUGUACGAUUGCGCUAAGAAGUGCGAGGAAAGAAGAAAUUGUGAUUUCAUGGUAUUAAUUUAUAAUUAACAAUUAUAUAAUGAAAUAUUUUUUAAGAUGUAAUUUGAGUCCUUCCUUAAUGUGCAAGAAUAUUAAUGUGUGCUGCAAUAUUUUAUUUCCCCUAUAAAUAUCUUUGUGUUCCAAACAUUUGCAAAUAAUUUCCUGUCUCAGUAUUUUUCAAUGAUAUUUUCUUUUUGCAAUUAAAUCAAAGGUUCUGAAGAAAGUGAAAAAUAUCAGAGAAAACAAGUGUCAAAGAUAAAAGAGAAACAAUUUUAUAUGAGAAAAGAUUUUAUUUUUCGUUUUCAAUACUUUUUAUAUAUAAUCUAAAAUGUAUGUAUUUUAUUUAGGAGAACGAGAAUGGCAAACAUCUCUCUACUUUGGAGAAAAAAGAGCAAAAAAUAUACUAUGACAAAGGAAACAUUCCAAUUUUUACAUGAUAAUGAAGAAAAUAGUGAAUAUUUUUUAUUGAUAUUUGUAACAAUGUUUUUUCACACACAAGUAAUUGAUUGAGAGACAGAAGUAAUGAUUUUUUGAUUGGAUCCAUUGUGAAAAUGCAAGAAAUAAUCGAUAGGGUUAACACUUAAAACUACUCCCAAAAACCAUUAACGAUUGUUUUAAACAGAGAAAAAAAAGUUUGUAAUUGUGAUAGAAAAAUUGAGAGAAAAUUAAAAUCGAUGUAAAAGCUAAUGGAAAA